AAAGAGGGAGUGGGGUGGGGGGUCUUGGCUCUGCAAAAAGCAAGGCCAAAGGGAUUGCCCAGCUGAAAGAAUCUAAACUUUUAAGCCCAGGGAUUCUUUCCCCCAAAAGCAGGGGAGGGGGAGACAGACCAUAGACCCCCGCCCCACAUUCCUUGCAGAAAGACUUCUGUCUUUGGGGAAAGACCCCCUCCUCGGUCCUUGCAGAAAGGACCCCUCCUUCCUUACCCAAAAGACCCCUCAUUUCCUACAAAGGGAUCCCUUCCGCCUUUGGGAAACCCCCCCCCCCCACCCAUUUCUUACAAAAGGAGCCCCACUUUGGGAAACGACCCUCCCCUUCAUUCCUUGCAGAAAGGACCCCUCCUCCUUUGGGAAAAGACCCCCAAUUUCUUACAAAGGGAUCCCCGUCUUUGUCAAAAGAAACCCCUCAUUUCUUGCAUUUCUUUGGGAAAAGACCCCUCCUCGUUCCUUGCAGAAAAGAUCCCUCUUUUUGGGAAAAGACCCUCCUCAUUCUCUGCAGAAAGACUUUCCCCUUCUUUGGGAAAAGACCCCCAAUUUCUUCCAAAGGGAUCCCCAGUCUUUGUCAAAAGAAACCCCUCAUUUCUUGCAGAAAGACCCUCCUUAUACUUUGCAGAAAGACUUUCCUCUUCUUUGGGAAAAGACCCCUCCUCAUUCCUUGCAGAAAAGAUCCCUCUUUUGGGAAAAGACCCUCGUCAUUCUUUGCAGAAAAGACUUCCCUCUUCUUUGGGAAAAGACCCUCAUUUCUUCCAAAGGGAUUUCCCCAUCUUUGUGAAAAGAAACCCCUCAUUUCUUGCAGAAAGACCCCUCCUCAUUCCUUGCAGAAAAGAUCCCUCUUUUUGGGAAAAGACCCUCCUCAUUCCCUGCAGAAAAUACUUCACCCUUCUUUGGGAAAAGACCCCCCACCCAUUUCUUCCAAAGGGAUUCCCUUAAUAUUCCUUGCCCCACAAGCGUGCCCUGCUGCCCCCCUUUAGGGCUUCCAGGAUGCGACCCCUCCAGGCCCAACUUCCUUCCCCAGAGAGGAAGGAAGUUGGGCAAAAGAUGAGGCAGUGGUGAGGAGGGGUCCGCCUCCUAGUUCCUGAGGGUCUUUCUUCCUGGGCACGGCUCCUCUUCUUUCCCUCCGAGCCAUGGAGGAGAACGCGGCCCUUCUGCCGCUCCUUUGCGCCCCCAAGGAGGGCUCCAUGGGUCUCCCACCCCCUCUGCCGUCCUCCUCGGGACCCCCGAAGAAGACCAAGCGGCGCCGCUGCGGGGUGUGCCCGCCGUGCCUGCGGAAGGAGAACUGCGGGGCUUGCACCCACUGCUUGAACCGCAAGACCAGCCACAAGGUCUGCAAGGUGCGCAAGUGCCAGGCGCUGGAGAAGGAGAAGAAAAGGAAGAAGAAGAGAGCCGAGGAGGAGGCGGCAGCGUCAGCAGCGUUGGCAUCUGGACACCUGGCGCAGGUGGAAAUAAGCGGCAUUGGCAGCGGGCAGGAUCCCGUCGGCGGAGGACGAGAAGGAGGACAGGGGCAGGUGCUGGAGCAGCAGAGGAAAAAGACUGGUUUGGAGGGCAGUUCGGUUGAUGGACCCCCAAGAGGCCAAAUGGAAGAGGGGCCCUUUCACCAGGCUGAAGAAAGGAGGCUGAGUGGAGGCCUGACUAAUGGCGGCGGAGGGGGGCGGAUGGACGGACGAGGAGGAGGACGGGAAGGAGGAGGAGGAGGAGGCAGCGCCAUGCUGUCCGACGGAGGAUCCUGGCUGGGAGGCCUGUGUGCCGACCAGGUGACUGGCUGGGAGAACCAUGGAGGGCCCCCAGCCUCCUCCUCGUCCUCCUCCUCCUGCAACGCCAACCUGGAGGAUGCCCAGAACCUGGUGGCCUUCUCGGCGGCGGUGGAGGCGGCCAUGUCCUCGCAGGGGCUUCCCCCGCUGGCCUCCCCUUCCCUGCUGAGUGUCCGGCUCUACGAGAAGUUCAAUGCUGAGAUGAAGGCCGGGGAGAGCCCCUCGGGGCCCUCUGCUGCGUCCGACGGGCCCGAGGACCUGAGCGCCCUCCAGGCGGCCCUGGCAUUAGCCAGGCACGGCGUCAAGCCCCCCAACUGCAACUGUGAUGGGCCCGAGUGCCCGGACUACCUGGAGUGGCUGGAGAGGAAAAUCCGGUUGGCCGGCGGGAGGCAGCCACUGCCGCAGCCGUUGUGCCCGGCCCCUCUGACGACCCCGGCCCCCUUCAGCAACGGUGCUACUAACCUGGAGGCAGCCCCCGAGGAGAAACCACCCCGGUGCCCCUUGGAGGCCCUGCCCCUCUCCCAGAGCGCCCUCAGCAUCGCCAAGGAGAAGAACAUCAGCCUCCAGACGGCCAUUGCCAUCGAAGCCCUGACCCAGCUCUCGGCCGUCCUCCCUGAGGCCGCCCCCAAGACUCCACCUUUCCCGGCCCCUCGCCCCAAUUCGGUGCUAUCGGGGUCUGCCUCUGGUUCGUAUCCGGCCUUGAAGCCACAGUUCAGGGGCCAGCGCCUCUUCCAGGGACCCCCUCUGUCCUCGCCCCCUUCCUCUUGGUCGCCGGGAGCCAAGGCCACUCAGGACUCAGGCCGCUACCGCCUUGACCCUUGCAACGGUCACCCGGAAACCUUGGGCCUUUUCCCCAAUGUUGCUUCCACUCCGCAAAAGGCAGACUUUCCCGAGAUGUGGGGCGAGGAGGAGGUCGCCAGGGCGAGGAGUGGCCCCUGGGGCCUGAAUGCCGUUGCCUCGCCGCUGAGCAUCGACCCCAUGGCCAAUCUGGAGCAGCUCCUGGACAGCGCUGGCAUGGAGGGCCUGCACGCCGACUUCAAGCGGCCGCCGGAGAAAAGCCGGGCCGCCAAGGUGAAGGAGGAGCAGGCGGCACAGAACGACGAGAACGCCGGCUACCGCAGGCCGUCCGCUUGCAGCCCGCACCUCUCCCAGCUCUUGCAGGAGCCCAACUUCCACAAGAAGACCCGGACGGCACUGCAGCAGCACCUCCACCACAAGCGCAGCCUCUUCCGGGAGCAGAAGGCGACGCCGACGGCAACGCCUCCUCCGCAAGGACCCCCAACCCGACAGGAGCAGCUCCCCGCCUGGUGGUCUCCCAGCCCCCCGCCCCAGCAGCAGCAGCAGUCCCCCAAAGCGGCAGCAGAGAAGCCAGUCAAGGAGAGGAGGAGGAAGACCCCGCAGGAGAAGAACAGCCCGGCAAAGCCGCUCCGGAAAGCGGUCCAGAUCAGGCGGCCGAAGCAGAAGGACGUCCAGCCCCUCUUCUUGCCUUUGGCGCAGAUCAGCCUGGAGGGAUAUCGCUCCGCCGUGGCCGCCGCCGCCAUUCCCGAGGCAGCCUCCACCCCCUCCGCCACCCCCUCGACCCCGACCCCGGCAGACCGGUCCCCCUUGCAGAAGCUACUUGAAAACAGACCCAACACUCAGGAAACACCGGACAGGGGUGGCCAGGGCUUGUGUCCAGAGAACCCGGCCUGCCCCUCCGCCGUUGCCCCCGCCACCCUCGGCCCCUCGGACCCUUCCCCUUUCUCCCAGAACCCCCUCCCGGUGGAGAAUCUGGACGAGCUCAUCCAACAGUUCGAGGCCCAAUUUGGAGACAGCUUCGGCUUUCAGAAUCCCGAGCUUCCGGCGGCACCGAUGGUUUUGGGCGAUGGGCCACCACUUCCAGCCGCCCAGCCGACGGCGUCUCUGCGGUCAUCUCUGUGCCACUCCCCAGAGCCACCGGUCAGCGCAGGACCCGACGGCAAGGACCGGGGGUCUCCCCAAGGGCCCAGGGACCCCCGGCCGUUCCCCUUCGAGAGCCCCUUUGGGCCCCGCUCCCCCAAACAGAUCAAGAUCGAAUCCUCUGGUGCUAUCACGGUGCUCUCCACCACUUGCUUUUACUCCGACGGAAACCAAAACGGGGGGGACGCCACGGCUUCCGUGGAAGGGACCCCGACCAAGGAGGAAGUGCCUCCGCCACUCACGCCGACCCUCAGCGGGUUCCUGGAGUCCCCCCUGAAGUAUUUGGACACCCCCACCAAGAGCCUGCUGGACACGCCGGCCAAGCGGGCCCAGGCCGAGUUCCCCACCUGCGACUGCGUGGAGCAAAUUGUGGAGAAGGACGAGGGGCCCUAUUACACGCACCUGGGAUCCGGACCGACUGUGGCGUCCAUCAGGGAACUCAUGGAAGAGCGGUACGGCGAGAAGGGAGACGCCAUCCGGAUCGAGAAGGUGAUCUACACGGGGAAGGAGGGGAAGAGCUCCCGCGGCUGCCCCAUUGCCAAGUGGGUCAUCCGAAGGCACAACCUGGAGGAGAAGCUGCUCUGCCUGGUGCGGCACCGUGCCGGCCACCACUGCCAGAACGCGGUCAUCAUCAUCCUGAUCCUGGCCUGGGAGGGCAUCCCCCGGACCCUGGGCGACACGCUCUACCAGGAGCUGAGUGACAUCCUCACCAAAUACGGGAACCCCACCACGCGGCGCUGCGGCCUCAAUGACGACCGGACGUGCGCCUGCCAAGGCAAGGACCCCAACUCCUGCGGCGCCUCCUUCUCCUUCGGCUGCUCCUGGAGCAUGUACUUCAACGGCUGCAAAUACGCCCGGAGCAAGAUGCCCAGGAAGUUCCGCCUGCAGGGCUACAACCCCAACGAGGAAGACGUGCUCCGGAAGAACUUCCAGGACCUGGCGACCGAAGUGGCCCCUCUCUACCAGCGCCUGGCCCCCCAGGCCUACCAGAAUCAGGUGACCAAUGAGGACGUGGCGAUCGACUGCCGCCUGGGCCUCAAGGAGGGGAGGCCGUUUUCGGGGGUCACGGCCUGCAUGGACUUCUGUGCGCAUGCCCACAAGGACCAGCACAACCUCUAUAACGGCUGCACCGUGGUGUGUACCUUGACCAAGGAGGACAACCGCACCACGGGGCAGGUGCCGGAGGACGAGCAGUUGCACGUCCUCCCUCUCUACAAGAUGUCCCCCACGGACGAGUUCGGCAGCGAGGAGCGGCAGGCGGCCAAAAUGGGCAGCGGGGCCAUCCAGGUGCUGACCUCCUUCCCGCGUGAGGUCCGGAGGCUCCCCGAACCAGCCAAGUCCUGCCGCCAGAGGCAGCUGGAGGCCCGGAAAGCAGCUGCCGAGAAGAAGCGCCUCCAGAAGGAGAAGCUCAUGACCCCGGAGAAGGCCAAGCAGGAGGCCCUCCAGGCCCCGGCCCUCGACCAAGACCCAGCCAUCGCCAUCGCCGAGGAUGCUCCCUUGAAGAGCGGACUCCCUCCACCACCGGUGAAGCCUUCCAUCAAAGUCGAGCCUCGGGGCCAUUACAACGCGUUCAAGUACAACGGGAAUGGCGUGGUGGAGAGCUACUCGGUGCUGGGGAACUGCCGGCCCUCUGACCCGUACAGCAUGAACAGCGUCUAUUCCUACCACUCCUACUAUGCACAGCCUAACCUGCCUUCCAUCAAUGGGUUGCACUCCAAGUUUCCCCUCCCGUCGUUCGGCUAUUACGGAUUCCCCAGCAGCCCCACCUUCCACUCCCAGCUCUUCAAUUACGGCGACGGGAGGGGCUCGCCUUGGGUUGACGGCAACGGCGGAGGCUACGAGAAGAAGCCGGACGUCCAGGUGCUGCAGGACAACCUGAGCCGUGUUUACCGGAGCCCCGACCCCUUGGACGAUGUCCAGCCCACCGUCCGCAGCAAGAGCCACCACCAGUGGACCUACGAGCGGGCCAACCGGGGGGUCAGCAAGACCCCGCCGGCCACAUCUCCCAGGUGCCCCUCGGCGGCUCCGUCAGACGCCCUGCCCUUUGCACAAAACACGCACUGCUUCAACAGCCGAACAAUCAAGCAAGAGCCCGCGGACCCAGAAGCCGUCCAGCGGCCGGCGGAGCUCAGUUGCCAAAACCUCAACCCCGAAAUGUCCCAAAACGGAGGCCCCAUGGAGCCGCCAGCCUGGAGCCCUUACAAACCCCACCGGAACGAGUCCCCUUGCGAGAGGACUAGUCACGCGGAGAACCCUUGGAGCGCCUUCCCGUCCGGGGACUCCAUGCUGGGGGCAAACGGGCAGAAUAAACCCGGCCUCUUUGGCUCCCAUUCGGCUUCCAGGCUGCCACCACAGAACCACUUGAGGGAGAAACCGUGGAGCCUGUUCCCCGGAGAAGGGCAGCCCAUGGAGGAGAAGCCAUGGAGCCCUUGCAAAGGGGACGACGGCAGCAGCGCCCCCAACUCGGUCUUCGCGGCCCCCGGCUCGGACCUCCAGGAGAAGCGCUGGGGCUUCGGACAGCUGGACUUGAGCUCCAUCAAGGGCAGCGGGCGGACCCUGGGGGACCUCUGGGGCCCGGUGAAGGCGGACAGUCACCGGAACCCGACCCCGGGGCUGCACGGGCGAACGUGGCCUCCCUUUGGCUCCUUGCCCGCCGUGGCCCUGAAGGAGGAGACGGGGGUGGACCCUCCAUGGGGCACCUUCGGCCUGGACGAGGGGACGCCGGAGAAGACCUUCAAGGAAGAGGAGGAGGAGGAGUGGUCCGACAGCGAGCACAACUUCCUGGAUGAGAACAUCGGCGGGGUGGCGGUGGCGCCGGCGCACGGCUCCAUCCUGAUUGAGUGCGCCCGGCGGGAGCUGCACGCCACCACGCCGCUCAAGAAGCCCAACCGCUGCCACCCGACCCGCAUCUCCUUGGUCUUCUACCAGCACAAGAACCUCAACCAGCCCAACCACGGACUGGCCCUCUGGGAGGCCAAGGUCAAGCAGCUGGCGGAGAGGGCCAGGGCCCGGCAGGAGGAGGCCGAGGCGGCCGCGGCGGCAGCAGCCAGCCUGGGCUUGCAGGUCGAGGAGGGCAAAGGCUUUGGGAAGAAGCGCAAGUGGGGCAGCAACAGUGGCCCGGCCCCCGAAUCCCAGCCGAAGGAGCGGAGGGGCGCGGUGCCCACCCGGGAGGCCCUGACCGUCCCCACGCACUCCGCCAUCACCGCGGCCUCCUACGCCUUCACCAAGGUGACCGGGCCGUACAGCCGAUGGAUAUGACGAAGAGGACGGAGACGAGCAUGGCAAACAACGCAGCGUCGCAGGCGGCAAUCUUACCUCACAGUCAGCAGCACUGGAACCCGGUGCUGGUUUUGUGGUGCUUUCCCCUCGCCGUCCGGAAACCGACCGACCGACAAGCGAAACCCCGGAUCCGCCGUGUUUCCGCCGAGAAGCAGAGGUCGACCCAAGCCUACUGCGGUCCACUUUUUCUCCCCCCGGUCAUUUGAUUAUUUAUAUCAGUCUCUGCGUGUUUUUAACCUUUGAUUAUGGCAAACGGGGGAAUGGGGAAUGAUCAUCCCACCGCGUCCUCCCUUUCGCGAGGGGGAGCCUUUUCAUUCCGUUUCCGAUCGAUACCAAGGUGUGUUUGAAUUUAAUCAAAACGGAGAUCAUUCCAGAAAGGAAUGGGAAGCAGACCUCGCCCCGUUGAGGCCUGUCCUGGGCUUCCCGCCUCGGACCUUUGUCUCAACCCAAGGUGCUUCUCUUUUGGGGAGAGACAGGGGCAAGGGCUUCUUACAGAUCCGUGGGUCUCCGCAGGGAAAGAGGUGGCGUUUUCUUAAUUCUUUCGCGCAUUCCGGACUUCAGGUGCUGCUCAGUGGGUUUGGAUAGGAUUGGAAGCGUCCCCGUCAGUGUUCCGACGUCCUGGAGUUGUGAUGGUUUCCAAACAGGAUGAAUAGACCGAAUCAGUGUGGAAAUAGGGGGAAGGGUGGUCUUGGGUUGGAUCCCACUUUGGGAGGGAAGCAACCAAUGAAAUGCAAGUGGUAAAUAAUGGAAAACAAACCUUCAACAGAGAUGGAGAGGAGCCGUGGCUCCCUCCGCACCCCAAAGUGUUGAAGGCCCAUACAGAUGACUUCCCGGAACAUAGGUAGCUAACCCUUGCACACUUCUGUCCUUCCUUGGGUUUCCAAAUGGUCCCAAAAGUCAAGGUUGUGUCAUUCUCAAUUGCGUUUAACUGAACGCAAAGUCUUCCGGACGGAGAAAAGGUUGUGCGGCACAUCGUCGCCGAUGCAGAAGAAAGUGGCUUCUGUUUUUCUUCCGUCAGCAGCAGCACUUCCAGGUGUUUAGUGGGCAAAUCUGGUUAUGAGGAUGCAGAGAAUGAAAGGAAGGGAAAGAGGGUGAAAAAGGGAGGGACAAAAAAGCCAUAUGGAUCCACCUUGGAAAGGUGUCGGUGCAGAAAAUCCCUCUUUCCUCUCUUUAUUUAUUUGUUCCGUGGACAGCCAAAGGCAUGGCAUUGGCUUUGAGCAGCCAUUGGCAACGAUGCCUUUGGUUCCUCGCAACUUUCUAAAAUAGCGAUUACCGGCCACGAGAGCCAAGCAGGGCAAUGUCUCCCUCCCUCCCGUUCCUAACUUCCACUUUCCAUAGCGAUGAAAGGCAAACGAUGCUAUCAAUCCCAAUUCCAGGUUCGGCUACUGUCUCUUUAAGAUACGACUCUCCUGCUUUCCGCUGGUGCAUGCUGCCCAUGUUCACAAUGGGACAUUUCUUUUUGAAAAAUAAUGAAAUUUGUAAGUUUUGUUUUAUUUUAUUUAACUUUUCCGGUGCUGUUUUUUAAAUUUUAAUUUUGACUUUUUUGAACUUGCUGGGGGGUCGCCAAGGGGCGAGGGGCCGGAUUUCGGCGACGACCGACGCAUUCAAAAUGUCAAAGCGGGUGCUUUUUUUGAAACUCCGAAUUGCCAUUUUUAUUUUAAUUUUACGAACAAUGGACUCCUAAAAGUGCGGUUUGAAGAACAGCCGGAUCUGUGUUUCUCUGGCGCCAAAAUAGGUGGCAAUGUGGUCACCUACAGUGUGCUAUGAUGUAGUUUGAAAGCGCAUUAUGCGGUCAGUGUAGACCCAUGCCGGGCAGUUCAAAGUGUGCUAUGUGAGAGCAUAAAUCCAGCCUAAGGCCCUAUCUAUACUGCACUGUAACCAGUUCGAAAUUGCAUUUAUACGGUCAAUGUCGACUCAUAUAAUGCACUCCAGUGCAGUAAAACUGUGCAUAUAUAUAUAUAUAUAUAUAUAUAUAUAUAUAUAUUGUCAGAAGCGACUUGAGAACAUACUGCAAGUUGCUUCUGGUGCGAGAGAAUUGGCCGUCUACAGAGACGUUGCCAUCCUGCUGGGAGGCUUCUCUCAUGUCCCCGCAAGCUAGAGCUGACAGACGGGAGCUCACCCCGCCUUGCAGAUUCGAACCAGCAACCUUCAGGUCAGCAACCCAACCUUCAGGUCAACAGUCCAGCCGGCACAAGGGUUUAACCCGUCGUGCCAAACUACAUUGUGGGAUCAGUUUAGAUCCCGCCGAAGCGAGAAAGGAAUGGACUCCACUUUGGAAUCCUUUUGACAGUUUUUGCAGGAAGAUCUAUAUCAGUUAUUGAUUGCAAUAGAGAACAGCAGGAAUAUUGUUUUGUAUGGGAAAAUAUGAUUUUGGGUGCAUUUUCCCCCCGUUUUCCGUAAUAUGGUCAGGUUACCCUGUGCUUGGGAAUUGCCGAGGGUUUCUUUCCGACGUUGGGGUGAAUCCUAUAAGGGUUUUGGAUGGGAUUUUUCGAAGGCCAAGGCGGUAAACGGGCCUCGAAACGGGUGAGAACACGGAGGAGUCUUUGCAUGCUUUCGAAGACAUUUUAACAGACGACGGGUCUAUUUCUGUAGGGAAUCUCUCCCCGAUCCUUUUGGCUUUAAGAGGCCUGUAAUAUGGAUAUUCUCCGAGGUGCAAAAGGCCAGGGAUUCAACCUGUUAGUGAUCCAAACUCUUUGACGAUCCAUUCUGUUGUUUUUGAACAGGUGCCUUUCGAGAAGUUUAAAAACACAAAAGAUGGCUUGCGAAUUUAUAUAUAUACAAUCUAUAUAUAUGUAUGUAUCCCCCCCUACUCUGUACAUAGCAUUUCUCUCUCACUAAGGAAAAGGAAACCCAGGCGCUUUAAUCCCGGAUCCUGAGCGUUUUCUGAGGCUCUGAUUUUAAAACUGUAAAUAGAGAAAAGAAUUUUUUUUUUAAGAAAAAGAAAAGCACUUUCACCAAGAUUUAAAAGGAAGGAGGAAAACGAAAAUAAAUUACCCCGUUGACUUGAAGAGCGGUAUGUUUCAAAGCAGGAAAAGACGAUGUAAAUAGAGACGAAAUAUUUCACGCAUCCUUUUAAAGAAACAAAACAAAACACAUUAAUUCGUUGCUUUACUGUACGGCGACACUCUUUACCGUAUCCUUCUGUUUCUCAAGGGGAUUAUUUUGCGACGCUGAGAAUACCGCAGACUCCAAAUCGAUAGGAAAAGCUUGGUGUUGUCCAAAUCGUCAAAUCCCUUUUCGGUGCAAAUUAGCCAUGGAUUUCAGGGAGGUUUUUCAUAGAAUUACAGAGUUGGAAGGGACCUCGUGGGCUGGACAUCCAACCCCAUUCUGCCAAGAAGCAGGAAAAUCUCAUUCAAAGCAUCCCCGACAGAUGGCCAUCCAGCCGCCUCUUCAAAGCCUUCACCACAUUCUGCAGCGGAGAGUUCCACUGCUGAACAGCUCUCUCUCACAGUGAGGAAGUUCUUCCUUGUGUUCAGGUGGAAUCUCCUUCCUUUCCUGUAGUUUGAAGCCGUUGUUCCAUUGCGUCCUAGUCUCCAAGCUUGCUUCCUUUUUCCUAUGAUUUCCCCUCACAUACAUGGCUUUCAUGUCUCCUCUCAGCCGUCUCUUCUGCAGGCUAAACAUGCCCAGGUCUUUAAGCCGCUCCUCAUUUGGUUUGUUCUCCAGACCCUUGAUUCUUUGAGUCGCUCUUCUCUGGACACAUUCCAGCUUAGAGUCAACCUCUCCCUUUUAUUUCAGUGCCCAGAAUGGGACACAGUGUGAUUCCAAGGCAGAAUACAAUACAGGGGUAGCAUGACUUUUCUGGAUGUAGACACUAGAUUCUUCUUGAUGCAGUCCAAAAUCCCAUUGGCUUUUUUAGCUGCCGGAUGACAUUCCUGGCUCAAGUUCCCUUUCCUCCCCACGAGGACUCCCAGAUCUUGUUCAGACGUAUCUUGCUUUUGUCCCUGUUGAACUUCUUUUUGUUAGUUUUGGACUAUCAUCUCUCUAAUCUGUUGAGAUCAUUUUGGAUUCGCCUCCUGUCUUCGGGAGUCUUGACUCUCCCUCUCAAUUUGGUCCAGUCUGCAAAUAUGAUGGUCAUGCCUUCUAACCCUUCAUCUAAGCCAUGAAUAAAGAUCCUGAACAGAACCGGACCCUGCUGAUGGCACUCCACUUGUCACUUCUUUCCAGGAUGAAGAGGAACCACUGGGGAGAAUCACCCUUAACUUAACCAAUCAUUGAAUUUCUUUUCGGUGCAAAUUGGUCAUGGAUUUCUGGGAGAUUUUUCCCCGCGAAACUUUGCAAAAUCCUACAUAACUUUCCUGCUCUUCAGGCCUUUGAAACAACUAUUUGCCAUUCAAUGUUUGCUGGAUGCAGACCUUUGCAGGAUGUCUCUUCCCUUUGGCAUGCGACUUCUCACAACCUCAGAGGAUGCCUGCCAUAGAUGUGGGCGAAACGUCAGGAGAGAAUGCUUCUGGAAUAUGGCCAGACUGCCCAGAAAACACACAACAACCCUGUAAUCCCGGCCAUUAAAGCCUUCGACUACUUCUCUGCAUGUUUUAAUACUGUGAGGAUCUCCUCUUUUAAGAUCGGAAGCGUUUCUUUUUGUUAGGAGCCUCUCCUUUUUUAAAAUUUGCAACCUUUCAUCAGACCAGACUUUUCCAGAUCCAGUUGUGAUAUGGAAUUGGUUUUCCUUCCAUUGGUCCUCAACUUCUUCCUGCAAAAGAAUGCUUUUGGUUUGCUUCUCGGUUUGGUUUCCUUUUUUAGCAUCUUGUUUGACAUGUUUGCAAGGAAUUCCUUGGAAGCUCACUUGAGAUAAGACAUUGCAAUCUCUCUCUCACUAUAUAUAUACAAAUGCAUUUGUUGGAUGUUGGCUCAAGCAUUUCCAUUUCGAAAUUCAGUACUUUUCGGCUGUAAUAAGGAGCGAAAUAGCCUUCAGUCUCUUUUCCACGGAGAGAGCCAAACACAGACCUUUCGGGGCUACGUUUUCUAUCCUCCAAAAAACAAGUCGGACCUAUACAUGAUUCCAUUCUUUAGCCAUAUAAAUCAUUCCAUUAUUUAUCCUGCUCCUCUUUACAUUGCUUCCCCAGUAAGGAACCAAGGUGAUGAGAGAAAUGGCCCAAAUAGCUCUUUCCUUUCUUCCGGGGACCAAAUGCCCUUUGUUGUGACGCUGCUCCAAAGUGGUUUGAGCUGGAAUCACUUGAUCGUAUUUGGGGGUCCAAGGCAAUAUUUAUUUCAAUGUAGGUGGGAGACCAUAAAGCCUCAGGCCUAUAUAACAUGUAAACAUACAUGCAGUGCCAUCAUAUAUGGACACACACGGUCCAUUUGAUAUUAAAAGACAGACUUCAUCCAACCUGAGCCCUAUUUAAAUGGAUGUUUUUCGUGCAUAGCAACAAGGAGGUUAUUUCCAUAUUGCAACCCGCCUUGAACCUUAAAUGUGAGGAGGAUAAAAUACGUAAUUGCGCCAGUUAUUUGCUUAGUCUUUGCUGAUGGAGAUGUGCAAAUUCUUCCUUGGACCCGUCUUUUGCUGCCUUUUGCCCCAGACGAUUCUAGAGUCCGACAUGGCACGAUGCAUGUUCAUGGACACGUUUUGGGACCUCGAGGCUGCCCUGGCCCCAUUGAAGCCAUUGGGGUGGUGCUAUGAUAACCCUAGAAAAAUGUCCUAGGAUAUAAUAUUUCCAAAUAUCUCCAGCAAGUUUCCUAUCUGGGUACUGCCUGACUCUCUCUUUGCACUUGUGUUCAAAUACUUUGGUUUUCAUGGUGCAGGAAAGUGGUGCUAUCUUGCUCUCCCGCCGAGUUUCAUUUCACGAAACCAAAACGUCGUCAACAACUUCCCUUUGGCCCUUCUCUUUCAAGACUUUUGUGCUUCGAUUGGGCUCAAUUUCUCUAACAAUUUCUUUUUGGAGGCGUAGGGACGGCCAUGGCAACCUCCCAACUUGGUGCUAGAAUCAGAAAAACAUAGAAAUCUUCAUGCAAGGGCCCAGGAUAAUAAAUCCGUAUCCAUCUCGAUGCAAAGACCUGAUACAAUAAGUACAUAGAAAUCUUAAUGCAAGGUUCCAGGAUAAUAAAUCCGUAUCCAUCUCGAUGCAAGGGCCCGAUAUAAUAAGUACAUAGAAAUCUUAAUGCAAGGGUCCAGGAUAAUAAAUCCGUAUUCAUCUCGAUGCAAGGGCCUGAUAUAAUAAGUACAUAGAAAUCUUAAUGCAAGGGUCCAGAAUAAUAAAUCCAUAUCCAUCUCGAUGCAAAGAUCUGAUACAAUAAGUACAUAGAAAUCUUAAUGCAAAUGUCCAGGAUAAUAAAUCUGUAUCCAUCUCGAUGCAAGGGCCCGAUAUAAUAAGUACAUAGAAAUCUUCAUGCAAGGGUCCAGGAUAAUAAAUCUGUAUCCAUCUCGAUGCAAGGGCCCGAUAUAAUAAGUACAUAGAAAUCUUAAUGCAAGGGUCCAGGAUAAUAAAUCUGUAUCCAUCUCGAUGCAAAGGUCCGAUAUAAUAAGUACAUAGAAAUCUUAAUACAAGGGUCCAGGAUAAUAAAUCCGUAUCCAUCUCGAUGCAAAGGUCCGAUAUAAUAAAUACAUAGAAAUUUUAAUGCAAGGGUCUAGGAGAACAAAUCCAUAGCAAUCUCGCUGUGAAGAUCCAGUCCUGGUGCUGCGGAAGGCAUUCAUAAAUCCCCAUUGACUUCUUUGGAGGAAGGUUUAGGGUCAAAAUCUCCCCAUUUGCAGUGCUUGGCCUCCGUGACACCAAACGAUAUGUGUUUCAAAUAUAGUUUGGCCCGAUUGCGAAGAGAUCAGUGGCUUUUGAAACAGGUCAGUGGCCACUUUGCUAAAGGGCUGCCGAUGCGCAUUUUCCUCUCAGCAUUGUGCAUUUGUCACAUAACGCAUUGGAAGUGCAGGGUUUUGCAAGAGGAUCAUGCCAUAUAUGUAUAUCUAUAUCUCAUCAGGUUGAGAGAGUGCUCAUCCUGCAAAAGGAAAGGAGCCAACAUCUCAACUGACCAGCACUGGGGAACGAAUGCAGUUUGAACUGCCGGCACUCAAUGUGAUGGGAUCCUGGGAGCUGCAGUUUGGCGGAAAGGGUCUCGAAGACCUUGCUAGGCCCCAACUCUCGGCAUCCCAAGUGGAGUCUGAACUGCAUUCCUUCCACAGUGGAGACAAACCCAGAGACCAGAGGGUGCUUUUUUUCAAAGGCCAGGAAACCUUUAUAUUCCAAACAAACGAAAUGGUGCUAUCUCGGUGCGGGUGAUUUUCAAAAAAAGCAAAAACCAUUUGCUGGUGUUUUUGUACUGUUUACAUCUGUGGGCCAAAUCCCCUCUCGCUCAGGUGCAACACCGGAGAGCAAGCAGGGCGUUUCCGUGUUUCGAAAUGCCCGGAACCAGGAACAUCUCCGAAAACGUCUACUUCUGAGCCUGUUUACACUUCCACAGAUCCGGCUGAGGCUGCUUUGGGGCAAAGGAGAGGUUUGCAUCUAGACAUGUGUCUGUCUACACUGUGGAAUUAAUGCACUUUGGCGCCUGUUGAGCUGCACCGUGGGAUCCCGAGCGUCGUCGUUGUAAAGACCUUGGAAACGGCACCUCUCGGGGAUACCAUUGAGCCAUGGCGGUCAAAGUGGGGCCAAACUGCAUUAAUUCCACAGUGUGGAUCCAUCCUAGGACUUGAACCUCCGUUUACGGAGCCGAACCGCUCACGGCUUCAGGUUGGGAUGUGCUUUUUCGUUCUCAGCCAGAGUUUCCCUUGACGGGACCAGGUGCUAAUAGAUCUGCAAUGGCUUUUGGGAUCAAGCCAUACGAAUCCAUAGAAAUAUGGGCCGAACGGAUAUGUCGUCUUCAAGCCGGUCUUUGCGUCGACACUUGUGCCAAUUUAGUCGCAAGUGUGUGCGUCGUGCACUCUUAAUUCCUAUUAUUAAUAUUAUUAUUCUUAUGCAAAAAUAAUAAAAAAAUAAAUAAAAUAUGGGUGCUGCAUUGGACUUUUUCGAGGCCACUCUUGAGACAGAGCAGCUAUUUGCAAAAGCUAAAGGAAACCUUACGUUCCUUGUCCGCAUCCGCUUUGCUUUGCUUGUUUUUAUGGCUUAAUAGCAAAAAGAAACAAACAGUCCUUUCCCACAUUAGACCCCCAUUGGGUGCGUCUACACUGGGGAGUUUAAUGCAACAGACACCGUUCACUGCUUUGGUAUGGGAGUUGUAGUUUGCACACUCUUUGGAAGGCAAAACACCUUGCAAAACUGCAGCUCCCAGGAUUGCAUGCAUGGCCUGGAGCCGUGGCGGUGAAAAGCGGUGCCGAACCGCUUUAAUUUUGCAGUGUAGAUGCACCCAAAGGCAGCAUAAAUAGGUUUGUUUUACGGAGCAUGGAUUCCGAAUCUUUGCCAGCUUCCUUUUUGUGACUUUUACGAUGUUUUUUUUAAUAUUACAAAAAAAUGGGUGUAUUACAAAUUGUGAGUAGUUGCGUCUGACAAAAAUGUUCUUUCGGUGCUAUUUAUUUCCGACUGUCUCUCUCUCUCAUUCACCUUCUAAGAAAUAACAAAUACAUGACAUAAAAGGCAGGGUUUUCGUGGUGGAAUAAGCUUGUUGCGCUCACAAUACGUCCAAAAAAUACCUCAAAAGAAAGCAGAGUAUUGUGGCAACCUGUGACUUCGGAUGCGUAGCUAACAAUGGGACGGAUGCCGAUAUUAUUAUAUUCACGUAUAUAUAGGUAUAUCUCAAUACUACUCGGACACUGUACUUGACAUCUUAGGAACUGUGUGGCCUUUUCGAGGCUAUUCUUAGGCAAUUUUUCCCUUUCUGAAAAACGCAAUGGCAAGAAAAGAUGUUGCAAACACUGGGAUUUUUCGGGAGCGAUUCCUUGAACCUUGAGCAAAGUAUUAUAUAAUAUUUACUUGGAUAAAAUGUUCUCUAAGCUCUUGCAAAUCGGCCACAAUUGGAUGGUAUAUCUGAUGACGGAUUUUGGAACCAUGUAGGUUGGACUAUUUGUUCAUAUCUGGGAUGAAUGUUAUGACAUUGCCUCCUACAAAUAUUACAGUUUUGCAUCGUAUUUUUAAUAAACUCUGGGAUAAAUAUUGGCAUCGUCCCUGGGAUAAAUAUUGCGCUACUGGGCGCUCCUAAUGUUAUAGCAUUGCAUCCUAUUUGUCAAUAUUUGGGCUGAAUAUUGUGAUAUUGCAUCCUUUUCUGUUAAUAUCUGGGAUACAUAUUAUGAUAUUGCAUCCUAUUCGUUAAUAUCGGGGAUGAAUAUUAUAGUAUCACAUCAAAUAGGAUAAAUAUCACAGUAGUAUAGUAUUGACAGUAUAGUAUAUUUAUAGUAGGAGCCCCCAGUGGCGCAGCGUGUUAAAGCGCUGAGCUGCUAAACUUGCAGACCGAAAGGUCGCAGGUUCGAAUCCGGGGAGUGAGGUGAGCACCCGCUGUUAGCCCCAGCUUCUGCCAACCUUGCAGUUUGAAAACAUGCAAAUGUGAGUAGAUCAAUAGGUACUGCUCCGGCGGGAAGGUAACAGCGCUCCAUGCAGUCAUGCUGGCUACAUGACCUUGGAGGUGUCUAUGGACAACGCCGGCUCUUCGGCUUAGAAAUGGAGAUGAGCACCAAUCCCCAGAGUCAAGGGAAAACCUGUUUAUUAACGUCUGGGAUUAAUAUUAUAGUAUUGCAUCCUAUUUAUUAAUAUUUGGGUGAAAUAUUGUGAUAUUGCAUCCUAUUGGUUAAUAUCUGGGAUACAUAUUAUGAUAUUUCAUCCUAUUGGUUAAUAUCUGGGAUACAUAUUAUGAUAUUGCAUCCUAUUUGUUAAUAUCUGGGAUACAUAUUAUGAUAUUUCAUCCUAUUGGUUAAUAUCUGGGAUACAUAUUAUGAUAUUGCAUCCUAUUCGUUAAUAUCUGGGAUACAUAUUAUGAUAUUUCAUCCUAUUGGUUAAUAUCUGGGAUACAUAUUAUGAUAUUUCAUCCUAUUGGUUAAUAUCUGGGAUACAUAUUAUGAUAUUUCAUCCUAUUCGUUAAUAUCUGGGAUACAUAUUAUGAUAUUGCAUCCUAUUUGUUAAUAUCUGGGACACAUAUUAUGAUAUUUUAUCGUAUUUGUUAAUAUCUGGGACACAUAUUAUGAUAUUUCAUCCUAUUCGUUAAUAUCUGGGAUACAUAUUAUGAUAUUUCAUCCUAUUUGUUAAUAUCUGGGACACAUAUUAUGAUAUUGCAUCCUAUUCGUUAAUAUUGGCAAUAAAUAUUAUAGUAUCAUGUCGAAUAGGAUAAAUAGUAUAGUGUUGAUAUUUGGGACAAAAUAUUCUGCCGAUUUGCAAACUUUUCCGAGAUUUUGGAAGGCGAGCAGAGCUUCCCUUGCGUUUACAUAGUCUAUGUUUUUAAUGCCCGUAUUUUCGGGUUCUUUGCCUAAGAAUAGUCAAGCUAAUGGCCAAACCUUUUUUGUUCUGUUUCAAUAUCAGGGAUCCUUUUGUUUUACUAAUGAAUUUUGUUUAUUUCUUCGUAUUGCCGUCUUUCUCUCUUUGUUGUUCGGGGUUGGCUUUGGAAGGCGGUGCGUGUUGGAUUUCUUUCGGCAUUCGUUUUUGAUGCAUUUUGUAGGAAUCGAAGCCGGCCGAGGGAACGAUUCCUUUGGUUGCAGCUUUUAUUUCCACGCGUCGGGUUGAAUGCCGCGUUCUGGGUUCGAAUUUGGGCGACGGAGAAUUUCCCCCCCUUUCCCCCCCCCCCCCAUGGACCACACUUGAAACGAUUUCUCUUUUGUUUCCUUCUGUUGAUUUGUGACUGUGGCUACUUGAAAAAAAAAUGAAGUUUUAUCUGGGGUUGGUUGACAAAAAAAUAAAAAAUGAAAUAAUAAAUAAUGGUAGAUUUUACAAUGUCUCAAGGCAAUAGGACUUGUGUAUUAAACUGUAGAUAAUAUCCUUAGUACAGUAAAAAUGGAUGCCGAUAAUUUUAUUUUGUAUAAUUUCCCCUUUUGUCUCUCUUGGUUUCCUUCUUUUCUCUCCUUUGUCAGUCUCUUGGCAAAUUUAUUUCAUUGCAAGUAUGAUGAACCCUUCUUUCUCCUCUCUCUCUCUUCUUAAUUUGUAUUUUAUUAUGUUACACAACCAAGCCGGUUUGUGAAAUGUAUUAUUAUUAUUAUUCCUGAUAUCUUUAAACUAUUGUGGGUGUUUUAAUAAAUUUUAUAUUUAUUUUUUGCA